AUGACCUCUACAGUCAAUGCUCGUCCGGCAAAUCUAGGAGUAGCCUUCAAGAGCUUCAAGAAAGAGACAUUCUGGGACAGUCAUAUAUCAUUUGUAAGGCCCAUCGAGUAUGCAGCACAGCUCACUUCAGCCAGCAACCGGCAGCAGCAGCAACAGCAGCAGCAGCAGCAACAGCAGCAGCAAGCGGUCAUGGCAGCGUGCGUCCCAUGUAUUAUCUUAGUGCUAGCGAGGGCGUCCCUGGCCCAGCUUACCAUAGUGAGCACGCUGGACGAGUCACUGCAGGAGGGUGUGGCUUGGCUGGAUGAGGCUGUGUCGCAGGCGCAGAAGACAACGGGGCUCACACUCUUGCAGGUGGUGGUGAAGGUGUCGCUGGACGCUGCUGAAGACGACUCCCAGCAGAAGUUGUGCUCGGCGCUGUACAAUGGUGUGGCGGUGGUGGUGGACGUGACAGCUGGUGGGUGGACGCAGGCACGGGAAACCGCAGCAACCUACGGCAUCCCCUACGUCAGGGUACAGCUUUCCAACUACCAGUGGAUGACCGCCACGGAACACUUCCUGCUGAGUCGCAAUGCUACCGACGCCGCCCUCAUCUUCACCUCAGAGGCCCAGGUGGACCAGGCUCUCUACUACCUGGUGGAAGGGUCAGUAGUGAGGGUGAUCGUGUUGACUGGCGUCGAUGAUUCCACCACGAACACACUUAAGAAGAUGAGACCUUCCCCAGCCUACUACGUCAUCUUGGGACCCAUGCAGGACCUCAUCAGCUUGUUCUCCAAGGCGGUGCAGCAGCAGCUGGUGACCCGAGAUUCCCGCUGGACGCUCGUCGCUACUGACCACAAGUCAGCCAAAUUUGAUAGGGAGGCGCUGCGUGAGUCCACUGGGGUGACGCUCAUGGCUCCUACCCAAGAUAUCUGCUGUGCCCUCAGAAGACGUCAGUCUCUGUGUGACUGUGACACCCUCCUGAUUUCCAGGGAACUGACAAUGAAUGCCAUGCUUAUGUUGACGAAGGUGCUGAAGGCUGAUGCUCGUCAGAACGUACGAGGAACAUGCGGCGAGGCGCCUUCAAACCCACCUUCCACCACUUCCUUCUACCCUGCCUUGCAGACGGAGAUGAGCAAGUGGGAGAAGGUGGAGUGGCAGGCGGAGAAGCUACAGAUUGUUCCACAGCUCGAGUUCGACAUCACAGCUUUCAACAGCAACUCCACCUUGGCCGUGGGCAGUUGGAGUACCAGCCAACAACUGAAACUGAACCCUCGGUACCAGAACUCCCCCAUCAAGAGGCACUUCAGGAUUGGCACUAUCAUGGCUCGGCCAUGGAUGAGUGCCAAGAGUGGGUCACCCAUGAUGACCCAGGGCUCAGCUAGUGACCCACUACUGUAUGAGGGCUAUUGCGUCGAGCUGGCUACUCGCCUUUCUCAACAAAUGAACUUUGACUUUGAAUUCAAGUUUCCUGCAGAUGGUCAGUAUGGCUCCCGGCAGAAGAACGGCUCCUGGAACGGUCUCGUCGGGGACCUCUCUAACGGGCAUAUAAUACCACAGGCUUAUCUUAAAUCGGUAGUUUUAUGGACUUGUAUAGCCAAGUGUCCCUUAAUUUUGUCAUCCUCAUUUUUCCCAUUAUUUGUUACCUCCAUGACCUCUCGUUCGCCAGUCUCCAUAUCUUCGUUCCCGCCUACUUGUAUUGGCCACUACACGUUGUGUUUAACUUGUCCUGCAGUUAUCCGGAAGCGGAUGCGAGAGGAGAGCUUAUUCAAGUUCAUGACUGUGCUCAAGCCUGAAGUUUGGGUGUCCAUCGUAGCGGCGCUGGUGGUGACGGGUGUCAUGAUAUGGCUCCUGGACCGCUACUCUCCUUACUCAGCGCAGAAUAAUGCUGAUCUCUACCCACCACACUGCAGGAAGUUCACCCUGAAAGAGAGCUUCUGGUUCGCCCUGACGUCGUUCACGCCUCAGGGUGGAGGGGAGGCACCUAAGGCCCUGAGUGGACGGACGCUGGUAGCUGCUUACUGGCUCUUCGUCGUCCUUAUGUUGGCUACCUUCACUGCCAAUCUGGCUGCCUUCCUCACCGUAGAGCGCAUGCAGACACCGGUGAGCUCCCUGGACGAGCUGGCAGGGCAGAGCAAGAUCAACUACACUGCACUCCGCUCUACUGCCACCUACCAAUACUUUGUCAACAUGGCCGGCGCUGAGGAUGAACUAUACCGGGUGUGGAAAGAGCUGACACUGAACAGUACAGGUGACCAGAGUAAAUACCGAGUCUGGGACUACCCUAUCAAGGAGCAAUACACUCACAUCCUGCAAGUUAUUCAAGAUUCAGGACCAGUGGAGAGAGCACAGCUCGGAUUUGACAAGGUGCUAAGCAACGAAAACGGAGAGUUCGCCUUCAUCCACGACGCUUCAGAGAUCCGUUACGAGGUGUACCACAACUGUUUACUGACCGAGGUUGGGGAACCGUUCGCUGAGCAGCCGUAUGCCAUCGCUGUGCAGCAAGGAAGCCACCUCCAGGAUGAGAUUAGCAGGGCAAUUCUUGAGCUGCAGAAGGACCGGUACUUCGAGGCUUUGUCAGCACAAUUCUGGAAUUCUUCGGCGCGAGGCAUCUGCCCCAGCGACAAUGAUUCCGAAGGCAUUACGUUGCAGAGUCUUGGCGGGGUGUUCAUCGCCACGCUGAUCGGGCUGGCCUUGGCUAUGAUCGCUCUGGCUGCGGAAGUGCUAUACUACAAACGAGGGGAAACUUCCUUGGUGUCGGACAUCACGCCCAAGAUGGCUCUCAAGCUGGCCUCCGAGAAAGAUCACGUCUCUCGCAUCAACGUCGCUCCUGCCUACUAGCAUUUCCAUCCUACCCUAUCAUUUAUCCCAUUUAACAUCAUUGCUGCCUAUUAUUUAUCCUCUGCUUGCUGUCAUUUACUCCCUAUAUCGUCACCCCUGCCUAUUAGCAUUUCCCCUUCUUUAAAAGUUUUUUUUCCUUUACCACGUAUAACAAAUUCUUUCUUAGUUGUUUAACAUCUUUUCCUGCCUUCUGCUGUGCAACCCAAUAAUGCUCACUGUAAAAUUAAUUUUGAUCAAUAAAUAAUAGACCUCAACAUGAACAGUGAUUUCAGACUGGUCUCUUUCAUAAGCUCAUUGCAUCCAAGCAGUUACUGCCUGCAGUUUAUAUGGUUCUCUUUCUCUUUCUCUUGCUCUAUACCACUGAUGAUUUACUAAGUUUCCUAUCUGAAGUAAUCGGUAACAAUCACUGAGCUUAUUAAACUAUGUAUUGUCGAUGCAAAGUUUGUGUUUGAUGACAAGUUUUGCAUUCAGAAGUUUGGUAUGGCAAUAGGAAAUCCUCUCUCACCUGUCCUUAGCAAUUUGUACCUGGAAUAUUUUGAAACAAGACUUCUUAACGAAAUCCUUCCCAAUAGAGCUAAAUAGUACAGAAUGUUGUUGAUGUUUUAUUCCUAAUGCCUACGAAUAUAGAUAUAAAGUAUUCCUUGUUGAAUUAAAUAUUCUAGCUCAUUCCAUAAAUUUUAAUGUUGAAUUUGAACAAAAUAACUAAUUGUAACUGAUUGUAAAUUCAAAAUAUGCAGACAGUUGUUCUUAUAUUCGCUAUUAUUCUUCACAUCGUGAUAGAGUUAAACUUUUUGUAUUCUCAUCCAUGUUUUUAAGAGCUUUGCAUAUUUGCAGCUUAGAGUUCAUAGAUGAAGAAAUCUUGAAGAUUCAUGAAAUGGCUAAUUAUCUAAAUUACCCAAAAUACUUAAUUGAUAUUUUUUUUAAAUGCUAGAAAUACAUUUUACAAUUCAAAAAAAAAAAAAGACAAACAAUCUAUUCAAUUAAGAAUAUGUUGGUUCUCCCUUACCAUGAAAACCUUGAUAUACAUUCUCUAGUUAAGAAUUUUAAAACCAAAGUUAUAUUUAAAAAUCUUGAUACAGUAAAAAAAAAACAGUAAAAAUUUCUCCAAAAAUGCAGAUGGCUGUGUCUACAAGAUUCCCUGUAAAAAAUGUAACAAAGUUUAUUACGGAGGGUCAAACUGGAAGAAGUCUUGAACUAAGAUUACAACAGCAUAAGUAUAGCAUUAGAACUGGAUAAGAGUCUAAUUCUCUGUUUAUUUGUGUGAUCGAUUUUAACCACCCAAUUGAUUUUAAGCAUCGUUUGACACUAAACAGAGAUCAAAACAAACUCUCAUUUAUAUAUACGGUGACAGACAGAUCUCUUAUAUGUAUGCUCAUAUGUUAACUACUGACCUAAAGAAAAAAUAGCGUUGUAGUUGCAUGUAUGUGAGAGACGGAGGGAGGAAAGAAGGCCUUUACAAAAUAUACAGCUAGAAUAGUAACAUUUACUAAUGAAUAAAACACACCAAUUUCUUAUUUCUUCAGUCUCAGGACAGUUAAGAAGUGGAGUAAUCUUAAUAAAGAAGUCGAGGCAGGCUACAUACACAGCUACAGGCAGCACACUCCACCAAUAUUCAAUACACUCAACCUACUCACCAUACAAAACAUCCAUACUUAUUACUGCACCUAUUACAUACAUAGAACACUUAACUCUGAUAUUAACCCUCCCCUCAAACAUCUCCUUGCCAACCUCAACAGAACACAUGACCAUAACACAAGGCACAGAUCACUCUUUGAUGUUCCUCGUGUCCAUCUCACACUAUGCAAAAACUCAAUGCACAUAAAAGGCCCUAAAAUAUGGAAUUCAUUACCUGUAAAUAUAAAAGAAACACUACCUGUUUAUAAAUUUAAGUCUCUUCUCAAAGAUCACUUACUCACCCAAAACCAAAUAAAUACUGAAUAACUGAACCUUAUAAAUUGUAUAUCUUAAAUGUUUCUCACAAUUAUAUCACAUAAAUGUUAAACCUGAAACCCAAUCUAACUUUAUUAUUUUUUAAAUACACUACCUAACAGAAUACUCCAUACGACUGAAUGUACAACAAUGCAUGCAACCAUAUGACCUGUCUUUGUAAUACUCACUUGUGCUUUAUAGUAAUCUGUUUACAUUAAUGUUUUAUCACUGAUUUCAUCAUUGCUUAGUUAAUCUUAAGUUAAUUUUAAGCCAGCCCGUAAUGCUAUGCAUAGUAUAAGUGGCUUUGGCACGCUGCUCUUAUCUGUAUUUUUUUGUACCUCUGUAUGUGUGCUCAAAUUGUUAAUAAAUAAAUAAAUAAAUAAAUAAGGUAUAACUGGGCCAACUAUGCUAGGAGGGAGUGAGCCCACUCAUGGCCUACCUGAGGAGUUAGAAUAUGGGUUCCCAACCUGGGGUGCAGGCACCCCAAAGGGGGUGCGACAAAGAAUCCUAAUGAAAAGCUCAAUUCCGUUUAUUUUACCGAAAACUUUUCUAAUUGCUCAGUUUACAUUUGCAUUUGAUGCACUGAAUUAAAAGCUUAUCUUUUGAGUUCAAUUUGUUCACCCACAGUACUGUAUUCGGUUCAAUUUGUGACUCAAAAAUUAGAAAAUUGACUUCUUCAUCUUCAUGUGUGAUAUUACUCUCGUACGGGGUGUAACAUUAAUCAAACAUUUCCAAGGGGUGCAGGGCAUAGAAAAGGUUGGGAACCCCUGAGCUAAAAGAUGAGACUCAUCUCCCGGAACCACAAGUUGGUAAGCACACAGCAGGGAGUCACGAAUUCCCAUUUUCGAAACAGUACUAAUCACAGCCCUGUGCACGCCUCACAUCAAUUGAAUCACGGAUGCGUGUAAGUACAGUAUAAAUGUUCGUCUGGAAAUGAUGAUGUGAUCAGUGGCUCUUCGAAGUGGUAACGAUCUAAAAGUGUAGGUACCGUUAAUGACCCUAUGACAGCACCGGUAAUUCCGACCCUGUAGCUGGGUCUCGAGUGAUUUCUGUCCGGCAACAAGGGUGCAAUAACAUGUAAGUCGCAGGAAACCGAAUUGAUUACUUCCAUUAGUUACUGGCAGCAAUGCGUCGGUGCCUUCAUUCCAUUCUACACAAUGGUGAUGCUCUUCUUAAAACUCAACAAGAAACAGAUCACAGCACUAAAUCGUCAUGACUUCCAAUACCAGGAAGUGGUAAUCCUACCACUGUAUAUUAUAUGAACCGCUAAACUAUUUAGAACAAGGAAUGUUUUAGGCUCAAUGCUCCUCUACACCCAUCCACCCUUCAAGGGGAGGAAGGUGUCUUGAUGCUGAUGAAGAGCUUUUUCUCCAAGGAAUAGGAGCUCCCGUCCUCUUCCUUGAAUCAAACCUAAAUGUAUUAAAUUAAGUUGUUCCCCAUUACUUGUGGAAAUCUCAGUUUCAUGUAGACGUUGAUGGCUUACUCAUAACACCAAUAACUUAUCCUCAUUGUUUAAUAAAAAUAUCUCCUGGGGAGCUGUAUAGCCCUUUUGGCUUAGCGCUUCUUUUUUAUUAUAAUAAUAAUAAUAAUCUCCUGGGGAAUGUUUGUGAUUUAUAAUUAAAUCAAGUUUAGAUCCUGUAAGGAAAGAGCAGAAAAAUAUAGAAGUCAUGAAACAGGUGACUCAACAAAUUAUUCAAAGGAAGUCCUAAGUUCAUGGAAUUAAAAAGAACAGUUGCUUAUCAUCCAUGAACAUACACACAUGACAAGAGGAUGUACAAAAGUUGAACAACGUAACUGUUGCGGUUGGUGUAUUGUACCUGCAUGUGGAGUUGUGCUGUCUUAUGGCCACAUGUGUCACCUUAAUGUGUUUGUACUAAAGCCAGGUAACGAGAUUUGAGUCUUGAUAUAUCGUCACCUCAAUGCGAGUAAAUACAAACUUAUGGAGCACCCAUGUA